GUCUGUCAAGGUACAAGCCUAUAGAUCGGUUACUCUGAAAGCUACUGCUAUAUUUACUGGAUUAAAGUACAAAAUAUUGUGUUUAACUUGAGGUAUUUUCUACAACGGUUAAGCAGUUCAUAAAUUUGGUUUCUAAGCACGUUACGAGAGAGUUGACUCAGAGACAAUAAGUCAACCUUGGCAAAUAAACAUUUGAGCGAUAUCGCCAAAGUAAAUCUCGAUCGAUUCAGACACUGGCUUAAACUUGGGAGUCUGUCAAUCACAAAAGGACAGAGUCGAGGAUAAAUACUUCAAAAAGAUAAAUGUUUUAUUAACCCAAAGUCCAAAGAAUGACGAAUGGCCACGAAUGGCAUAAGCAAACUUACAUUUUAUACAAAAGCACAGCAAUGUUUGCGUUGUAUACAGAACCUUUCAAGAGCAAGCAAUACGAUAUCCAGAAUCGACGAUUGAAUAUUAAAUCGACAUUCUAACAUAACGAGGCGAAUCAUAAUCGAAAAUUGAUCUAACACGGACAAACAACCAUGGAGCGGACUGUAGCGACGUGAAUAGACAUCAAGGAAAAGUACAUGUAAUGAAACAAAAUCAGCAAUAAUCCAAAUUAAGAAGGAACCAAUUCAUUCAGUACAAGAUGAAAAAAUGAUUAGAUUAAAGCGCCAUUCUGGAGGAUACGCAACAACUAAAAAGUGAAAUAAAGUUACAUCUUAUAAAGCUUCUAUCACCAACAAUAAUUCUGAAGAAAGCCAGAGAUCCUAUAAGUGACUUGCCAAAUGAAAUAACGACACUGACAACCGAUUUCUUAGAAGAGCGACACUUAGAAGCAGAUGGCAAACGGAUGACUAACAAUUACAUUCGUUAGAGACCCUGAGACUGCAUAGCGACACACGGGUUUUGAAUGAUAAGGACCUUGAGGACCAAGAGAGUAAGGUCUGUUUUCAUACAAUAUAACACAAACCUAAACAUGAUUGAUCAGAUUUUGCUAAAAAUAUGCAUGGCAAUGAUCUGAGGAUACCUGGCCUUGGUUAAAGACAGGUUUAGUUUAGCAUCUCAAAAAGUAACAUUCUUAAAAAGUAUGUCACCGAGGCCCAUGCGAUGACUGCAGCUGUAGGGGUACUUGAAAAGGACUUACCAGUAGACAGUUCAAGAUUGGGAGGCUUCAAACUAACUAUUCGGAGGCCCAAUGGUACUUAUAAAAGCAACGUCAUGGAAGCGAUACGUCGACGUGAAACGUCAUCAAGUUCCUGGGCAUGGGACUGUAAAACAUUACCACAAAGACCAUCGACUGUUAUGUCGACCGUGUCACCACCAGAGUCAAAUAAAAUAAAGAGAGUAAACUCUGUGUCUUGGGAUACUAGAUUAUAUCAAUCCAACGAUCUUAGAGGUAUGCAGUAUAAUAAUAACUCUAUGAAGACUAACAGUUCACACCUGUUACGACCACUUGGCGAGUGUAGAUCAGCUUCAAUGGACAGCAGACGAUGGAGAAAGGUAUCAAAUCCAGCGCCCUCUUUUGAUGUGAAAGAAGAUAAUAUUGAAACAUCGUAUGCAGAUAUUUUAAAAUACGCCAACAGACAAAGUAUGGAUACUUCUUCACCGAGACAACAAAACAGAAACAAGUUAGAGAAACAAAACACGUUUAUAAGUGUUUCAAAAUUCCCUAUUGUAUCGAAAUUCCAAACUCAGGAAAAGACAGCGAAAUCGCCCGUCCAUGAAUCCCUUGCGUCCAAAAAUAUUAUGCAACGGAGGAUGGCCAUUGCAAAACAUAAUAAUGUUACUACUAGUCCAAAUCAACGAAAGUCCAGAAAUACCAUAACAAUAACCAACGAUAUAACAAACUAUCAUAAUACUGAUGAUAUCAAUGGACAUCAAGGGGACUUAGCGGAACCUGAUUUUGAAUCCGCAAGGCAACAAUUCAGUCAUUCACGAGAUCCUAACACCAGACUCAAAAUCAAUGGACUGUCGUUAAGUGAUUAUUCAGCCGUCAAUGUAGGUGGAGAAGCGGGGGUACCAACACUGCCCGCUACUCCAUGCUUACGUAACGGUUCAAUUAAAGUGACACCUUCAGCUGCCAAUAUGGCUUGGUCAGUUGGAAGUUGGAGCCAAACAAGAACUAAAACACGUACAAAUUCUAAACCAACAAAAGUAAGGUUUAAUAUUUCAAAUGAUGUUAAAGAGUAUGUUCCGUCAGAACCUGUUUGUGCUACGGAUGAUAAAAAAUAAAUUAAUCAAAUGGAUCUCAAAUGAAUUAUUAAUUUUUCAAAUGGUGUUAGAAGAUGUUCCGUCCGAACUUUUAUGUGGCACUGAUAAUAAAGAAUAAAUAGUGUAUUUUUUAUAAAUAAAUUAUUAUCACUAAAAAGAAUUUAUAUUAGUUGUGUUAUUCGCCAUUCAUAUUAGUACUCAUUUCGCUUCUGAAAAGAGAGCUUUUUGUUUACACU